UUUCAACGCCUUACCACGUUCGACGGUAAAGCUUACCACUCGAACAGAAGAGUACCGGCGGCAGCUAAACAAGCUAAUACAAUUCACCUCGACGAUGAAUUGCCCAACCCGAGAGGAGGAUUCGUUGAAAGAAGAACCGGACAAGGACCAAGACACCACCGAGGAAUCCGAAUCCAAACGCCUCCUACCAUCCCAACCUCCUUCCUCCCCGUCGUUCGAUGAUGAAAACGAGGUCGCAUUCGAAUCCCGAGAGAAAAUCGUCAUUGUCGACUUGGAAACCCCGGAAUCCAUCGGAAACGUCGAUUAUGUACCUCCCUUUUCCUGGAAGAAGCUAUGGAUGUUUACUGGACCGGGUUUUUUGAUGAGUAUAGCGUUUUUAGAUCCGGGGAAUUUGGAAGGUGAUCUGCAGGCUGGUGCAAUUGCGGGUUACUCUCUGCUUUGGUUGUUGAUGUGGGCUACCGUCAUGGGCCUUCUGAUCCAGUUGUUAUCGGCUCGGCUCGGGGUGGCUACUGGCAGGCAUCUAGCGGAACUCUGCCGGGAGGAGUAUCCGACUUGUGCUCGUUUUGUGCUAUGGUUCAUGGCGGAAUUGGCCCUUAUUGGAGCUGACAUUCAAGAGGUUAUUGGGAGUGCUAUAGCUAUCCAAAUUUUGAGUAAAGGAGCUUUGCCGCUAUGGGCAGGUGUCUUAAUUACAGCAUCGGAUUGUUUUAUAUUUUUAUUCCUGGAGAAUUAUGGAGUCAGGAAACUAGAAGCUGUUUUUGCUGUUUUAAUAGCAACUAUGGCUUUAUCAUUUGCUUGGAUGUUUGGUGAUACAAAACCCAGUGGGAAAGAAUUACUAAUAGGUAUUUUGGUUCCUAGAAUUGGCUCGAAAACAAUUCGGCAAGCUGUGGGGGUUGUGGGUUGUGUUAUAAUGCCUCAUAACGUAUUCUUGCACUCUGCAUUGGUACAAUCAAGAAAGAUUGAUCCGAAGAAGAGAGGCCGAGUCCAAGAGGCACUGAACUACUACUCAAUUGAGUCAUCCAUUGCGCUUCUGGUUUCCUUUAUGAUCAAUUUGUUUGUGACAACGAUAUUUGCCAAGGGUUUCUAUGGUACAAAACAAGCGAAUAACAUAGGACUAGUAAACGCAGGGCAGUAUCUUGAGGAGAAGUAUGGUGGAGGACUCUUCCCAAUUCUUUACAUAUGGGGUAUCGGUUUGCUAGCAGCUGGACAAAGCAGUACAAUAACUGGGACAUAUGCUGGCCAAUUUAUAAUGGGAGGUUUCCUCAAUCUUCGUUUGAAGAAGUGGUUGAGGGCAUUGAUUACACGAAGCUUUGCAAUUGUGCCGACAAUUAUUGUAGCGAUUGUCUUUAAUACGUCUGAAGCCUCUUUGGAUACCUUGAAUGAAUGGCUUAAUGUACUUCAGUCAAUACAGAUUCCUUUUGCACUCAUACCACUUCUAACCUUGGUCUCUAAGGAGCAGGUCAUGGGGGUCUUUAGGAUUGGGCAUAUUCUCCAGAGACUGGCCUGGACUGUGGCUGCCCUUGUAAUAGUAAUCAAUGGGUAUCUUUUGUUUGAUUUCUUUGUUUCCGAAGUCAAGGGGCUGUUGUUUGGACUACUGAUCUGUAUAUGGACCGCUGCAUAUAUGGCAUUCAUUGUUUACCUUGUCAUACGCGGCGAUGCUCUCCCUCCCACUGGGUUCAGGAUAGAACUAUCCAAGCGUUGUUCGGUCACUGGAAGUUAAAGUGAGAAAAAUGCAGUCAUCGCACGAAUGACAACAAAUUCUCUAAUACGAUGAUGGGAACUGAUCAAUAUUCUAAAAAACGAAGCACUCUCUUGUACGUCAGUGAGCCUACAUACUUGUAUACACCAUAGAACGCAGCUGGUCCGACCGUCCGAAAUCUACAUAUUUGCAAGUCAAAGCUACACAGUGUUAUCUUUCAUCUCAUAGAUCAUGCGAGGAUAACUUUUUUUCCUUGAAAUUCUCCUUAUUGUUGAUGAAGUUGAACCAUGAAACUGUUUAGGUUUAUGUUGUUCGGGAUAACAGCCUCCCUUGUACCAUAGAUUGUACAUUGUUGUUUCCCUGAAGGGACUAUACAAUAUAACAUGAAAUGAA